CCAGAACUAGAGUACUUCCCCGCACUCUCUUCUCCGUCUUCCCGAAGCGAUGAUGGCGAAACCAAUCGCUGCUCCUCUCGCUCUCGCCCGCCUACCUUCUCCGCCCCGCCGCCCUCUCGUCCCUCCCCGCUCCGCCGCAUUCCUCGCCUCUUCGCCUCCUCGCCAGGACCGCCCCCUCCCCGAGCCCUCCCGGGGCCACCGCGCGAGGCUCGCCGGCGGCCGCGGCGGCGAGCCUGCUCGGAGUAGCCGCCGCCGCCGGCUGUUGCUGCUGCUGCUUGGCCCUGUCGCUGGCGGGCCCCGCGUCGGCCGCCGCCGAGACGGCCGCGCUCGUCGGUCCUUCCUCCAGCUCGCCGAGCCCGCCAACGCGCUGUCCUUGCCUACCUGGGUCGUCCACGUCUCCAGCGUCGUCGAAUGGAUCACAGCUAUGGCAUUGGUGUGGCAAUAUGGAGAAGUGUCUGGAUACGAGUCCUGGAAAGGUCUUUCCUGGGGUAUGGUGAGUGACUUUGAUACCCUGUGCAGGACUGUCUUUUGCGGUUUGUCUACUGAAAGACACUCUGUUAAUACAAACUUAGACGAAUUUUCAUGAGCCAAGUUCAACUGGUUGCUAAAAGUGUCAUGAGGUGUGGUCCUUAUUGUAGCAACCACACGCUAUACAGAUUUUGUCUCAGGGCUAUGAACACGAGACAAGAAAGGUAUAAAAAAUCCUAUCUAUAUCAAGGAACUUGCUUUUUUUUUCUCAUUUUUGUUAAGCUUGUUCUUUGUAGCUACCAAAAUCUGAUUUA